GACGUAGAUCAGCUGUUCUAAUACGAUUCCAAACAAGAUUUACGUCAAAAAACAUCGCGCAGAUAAAUACACCGAAGAAAAUUCAGUUAUUAUUCCUCUGUUAAACGAUGAUUUUAUUAUUAGUGGUUUUAACGAUAUUAGUGCGUUGUAAUGCCGUUGAAUAUAAACCCAUAUGGAAAAGCUUAGAUUCUAGACCGUUACCGUCAUGGUAUGAUGAAUCUAAAGUUGGAAUUUUCAUACAUUGGGGUGUUUUUUCUGUCCCUAGUUUUAGAUCAGAAUGGUUUUGGGCUGAUUGGAAGCGAAAAGAUGACGAUGUUGUUGAGUAUAUGAAAAAGAAUUAUGCACCAAAUUGGAACUAUCAAAAUUUUGCAAAAGACUUUACUGCUGAAUUCUACAACCCAGACGAAUGGGCCGAAAUUUUCGCCAAUUCUGGUGCCAAGUACGUCGUUUUAACUAGCAAACAUCAUGAAGGAUAUACAUUAUGGCCUUCUAAAUACUCAUUUAGUUGGAAUGCCAAAGACGUCGGACCAGGAAGAGAUGUUCUUGGCGAACUGGCGACUGCAGUAAGAGACAAAAACCUCAAAUUCGGUGUCUAUCAUUCAUAUUACGAAUGGUUCAAUGAACUCUAUCUCGCAGAUAAGGCUACCAAUUACACCCAAACGGAUUUUGUGGAUAAAAAAGUUAACCCGGAAUUGAUUGAGCUUGUUAACGCUUACAACCCCUCAAUAGUUUGGUCUGAUGGAGAUUGGGAAGCUCCUGAUACAUAUUGGAAGUCGAAAGAAUUUUUAGCUUGGUUAUAUAACGAGAGUCCCGUUAAAGACGAAGUCGUUGUUAAUGACAGAUGGGGAACAGAUAUACCUUGUAAUCACGGAGGUUUCUUUUCCUGUCAAGAUAGAUAUAACCCAGGUACACUGCAACAACAUAAAUGGGAAAACGCGAUGACUUUAGACAAAACAUCAUGGGGAUUCAGAAGAAACGCCAAAUUGGACGAUUACAUGACUACAUUAGAGCUUUUGACACAACUAACCAGCACUGUUAGUUGUGGCGGAAAUAUUCUUAUUAACAUUGGUCCAACUAAAGACGGUAUUAUCGCCCCGAUUUUCCAACAGCGUCUCCGAGACUUAGGUACCUGGUUAUCCAUCAACGGCGAAGCUAUUUAUAGUACCAAACCAUGGACGACACAGAAUGAUACGUUAAACGGUAACGUUUGGUACACAAGCAAGGGUUCUGCUGUAUAUGCUAUCAGUUUGGGAUGGCCCGAACACAAUAUUUUAAACCUCGGAGCUGCUAUUGAUAUUUUCAAGGAUCCUGCAACUUCUGUAUAUUUACUUGGUAAUGGAAACGAGGCAUUAAAGUGGACUUUAAACAACGAUUCAGUAAAUAUCAACUUUCCCGAUAAAUCAACAGUGAAAAGCGAAUGGGCUUACGUAUUAAAAAUUAUACCAUCAAGUAAAGUCAACUUUAUCUGAAAUAAAAUUAAAAAAUACAAAUUUUAGAGCAUA